AGGGGUUUGGAGAGGGUUCAUGACUAGUGAACUCAAACCGAAUCUGUCUCAUCUGCAGUUUUAGAUUUGAACUGACAGGGAUAACUUUUUCAUAGACUAAUACAAUAGCAGAAUUUGAAGAUAGGGAGCUCGAUCCAAGACGCAUACUUCUCGUAGUCACUCGAUCCCUCAGGAGCGGAUAUAUCUUUGUCUCUGACUGUCAAUUCAAACAGGAGUGGGCCAGACUAUUGGAAGGGAAGGAUUUGCAGACUGGAAGCCCAAACCAACAUCACGCCAGGACCUGACAGCAGCCCAUUUUGUUUGUGACCUAAAUAUCAUUGGAUUUUGAAUAUGGAAGGAAAUUGCGGUAUUCACAUUGGAGAAGAAGUGUAUACAUGUUCUGUGUGUGGACAAGGCUUCAGCCAAUCAUCUGAACUGUUGAGACACACAUCUGGUCACACUGGGGAGAAACCAUGGAAAUGUGGAGACUGUGGGAAGGGAUUCAACUAUCCAGUUGAGCUGGAAUCUCAUCGGCGCAGUCACACUGGAGAGAGGCCAUUCACCUGCUCGGAGUGUGGGAAAGGGUUCACUUUGUCAUGCAACCUAUUGGCUCACCAGCGAGUUCAUUCUGAUCAGAGACCAUUUACAUGUCCAGAGUGUGGGAAGAGCUUUAAAAGUUCAGGGGAGCUGAUGCGUCAUCAACGUGUUCACACUGAUGAGAGGCCAUUCAGGUGCUCUCACUGUGGGAAUGGGUUCAGGCAAUUAUCUGACCUCACUGUGCACCAGCGCACUCACACCGGGGAAAGCCCGUUCACCUGUACAGAAUGUGGGAAGGGAUUCACUCGGUCAUCCCGCUUGCUAACUCAUCGGCACACUCACACUGGGGAGAGGCCAUUCACCUGCCCUGAGUGUGGGAAGGGAUUCACUAAUUCAUCUAACCUGUUGAAACACCAACAGGUUCACACUGGGGAGAGGCCGUUCACCUGCCCUGACUGUGGGAAGGGGUUCACUCGGUCGACUGAUCUGCUGCAACACCGUCUAGUUCACACUGGGGAGAGACCGUUCACUUGCCCUGAGUGUGGGAAGGCAUUUACUCAAUCAUCUACCCUGCUGACCCACCAGCGAGUUCACAGUGGGGAGAGACCAUUCAUCUGCUCUGUGUGUGGAAAGAGAUUUGCUCACUCAUCCACUCUGUUGAGGCACCAGCAAAUUCACAAACUGCAAUGAUGGAUAGUCAUGAUAAUCACAUUCAGGACUGAACAAUAUUCAUUGGGAUCACUUUCUGCUGAAACUAAAAACAUCAACCCACUUUUCAAGAAUAUUAAUUCUGGACAAAAACCAAAUCAACUCAGUGUUAAAUAAACAGUGUUGCAUCAUUUUAAAAUCUAUAACAUAAGUCUUUUCCUUGAGGGAUGCCUUCCCUCUCCCCGUUUCCUCAAUUCUCACCUCCAACAAGAAUAAGGAGCAUGAACCACUUUGAGGAUGUGGCAAGGGGAAAGAACACUACAUGUUGUAUAUUUGAAUUUUCAACAAGCAUUCAAUAAGGUGCCGUGUAAAAAGUUUCUGUACAAAGUAGGAGCUCAUGUUAUAUACUGUCAUGAAUUGAAUUGAGUCAUUUACUGACAUGUGUAUUCAAUAUUAAAAUCCAGUGAAAAGUA